CUAAAGCAUCUAUCUUCAGAAAUGUCUUUAGAAAAUAAAGAGCAGUAUGAUCUGUCACCCAAGAAUUCAGCUGAAGGAAAUCACCAGCACAGUCCUCUGUCUAAUAUGCAUCCAGCUCUUGAAAAGGAAUCAAGUACCUACUCGAAGCAAUUUGAAGCCAGCGAUCAAUGCACACCUUAUCGUAGGAUCCAUAUGGAGCCUCAAGAGAAACCAAGUCCUAACUUCAGGCAAUUUGUCACUAAAAAACUGCAGAAGAGUUGCCAGUGCAGUCCAACCAAAGCCAAAAAUAUGAUUUUGGGUUUCCUUCCUGUUUUGCAAUGGCUCCCAAAAUAUGAUCUGAAGAAAAACAUUUUAGGGGAUAUGAUGUCUGGCCUGAUUGUGGGCAUCUUAUUAGUGCCCCAGUCCAUUGCUUAUUCCCUCUUGGCUGGUCAGGAGCCUAUCUAUGGUCUGUACACGUCUUUUUUUGCCAGCAUCAUUUAUUUCCUGUUGGGCACCUCCCGUCACAUCUCUGUGGGCAUUUUUGGAAUCUUGUGCCUUAUGAUUGGUGAGGUAGUUGACCGAGAACUACACAAAGCUGGCUAUGACACUGCCCAAAACGCGCCUUCUCAUUUAGGAAUGGUUUCAAAUGGGAGCGCGUUAUUAAACCAGACAUCAGACUGGCUGUGUGACAGGAGUUGCUAUGCAAUUGCAGUUGGCAGCACUGUGACCUUUAUGGCUGGAGUUUAUCAGGUAGCGAUGGGCUUCUUCCAAGUGGGCUUUGUUUCUGUCUACCUCUCAGAUGCCUUGCUGAGUGGAUUUGUCACUGGUGCCUCCUUCACUAUUCUUACCUCUCAGGCCAAGUACCUCCUUGGGCUCAGCCUUCCUCGGAGUAAUGGUGUGGGCUCGCUCAUCACUACUUGGAUACAAAUCUUCAGAAACAUCCAUAAGGCCAACCUCUGUGAUCUCAUCACCAGCCUUUUGUGCCUUUUGGUUCUUUUGCCAACCAAAGAACUCAAUGAGCACUUCAAGUUCAAGCUUAAGGCACCGAUUCCUACUGAACUCAUUGUCGUCGUGGCAGCCACAUUAGCCUCUCAUUUUGGAAAACUAAAUGAGAAAUACAAUACCAGUAUUGCUGGGCCUAUUCCCACGGGGUUUAUGCCACCGAAAGCACCAGACUGGAACCUAAUUCCUAGUUUGGCUGUAGAUGCAAUAGCUAUUUCGAUUAUUGGUUUUGCUAUCACUGUAUCACUUUCUGAGAUGUUUGCCAAGAAACAUGGCUACACAGUCAAAGCCAAUCAGGAAAUGUAUGCCAUUGGCUUUUGCAAUAUCAUCCCCUCCUUCUUCCACUGCUUUACUACUAGUGCAGCUCUUGCAAAGACCUUGGUUAAAGAAUCAACAGGCUGCCAAACUCAGCUUUCUGGUGUGGUGACAGCCUUGGUUCUUUUGUUGGUCCUCCUGGUAAUAGCUCCUUUAUUCUAUUCCCUUCAGAAAAGUGUCCUUGGUGUAAUCACCAUUGUAAAUCUCCGGGGAGCCCUACGUAAAUUUAAGGAUCUGCCCAAGAUGUGGAAGGUUAGCAGAAUGGAUACAGUUAUCUGGUUUGUUACCAUGCUGUCCUCUGCACUGUUAAGUACUGAAAUAGGCCUGCUAAUUGGGGUUUGUUUUUCUAUGUUUUGUGUCAUUCUCCGCACUCAGAAGCCAAAGACUUCAUUGCUUGGUUUGGUGGAAGAGUCUGAAACCUUUGAAUCCGUGUCUGCUUACAAGAAUCUUCAGACUAAGCCGGGCAUCAAGAUAUUCCGUUUUGUAGCCCCUCUCUACUACAUAAACAAAGAAUGUUUUAAAUCUGCUUUAUACAAAAAAACUCUCAACCCAAUCUUAGUAAAGGCAGCUCAGAAGAAGGCCGCAAAGAGAAAGAUCACAAAGGAAACAGUGAUUCUCAGUGGAAUCCAGGACGAAGUUUCAGUGCAACUUUCCUAUGAUCCCUUGGAGCUUCAUACCGUAGUGAUUGACUGCAGCACUAUACAGUUUUUAGAUACAGCGGGGAUCCAUACACUGAAAGAAGUUCGUAGAGAUUAUGAAGCCAUUGGCAUCCGGGUUCUGCUGGCUCAAUGCAAUCCCUCUGUGAGGGAUUCCCUGGCCUGCGGAGAGUAUUUCAAAGAGGAAGAAGAAAACCUUCUCUUUUAUAGUGUGUAUGAAGCAGUGGCCUUUGCAGAAUAUCAGAAUCAGAAAGGAGUAUGUAUUCCCAAUGGUCUGAGCCUUUCCAGGGAUUGACUGAGAAAGUAGAUGGAAAGGAGAAUGAUGUCCAGCCAAUAGGUUAAGGUUUGAAGUAUAUAACAUUUUCUAGUUCCACAGUGGAAACUGUUGCACUUGAAAUUUUAACC